AUGCAUCAACCGCCGUACCCCCCGAGCCAGGCACAGCCGAUGCCCCCCGACAUGCACCCGCAUCCCCACCAGCCGCCGUAUCCCGCGCACCAGAUGCAGCAGCUCCCGUCAAUGCCCCCACCGAGCACCCAAUACCAAGAAACCGUUCCGAUGACAGGUCCCAGAGCGCUACAGCCAGGCCAGUCCUCCGCCGACUCCUCCCAGCCGUCGCCGUCGCAGUCGCAGGAGCGCGCCCCCCUCACUCCGGAGCAGAAACGCCAGCAGGAGUUGAACCUCAAACCGUACUCGUCCGAAGAUGACCAGAGCCGGGUAUACUCGUAA